CGUGGCGGAAGCCGGAAGCCGGAAGUGCGGCUGGCGCAGGAGCCCAGCAUGGAAGAAUUUAAAGCUGCAAGCCCACUUGAGGAGUCACUGAACCACCUGAAGCUGUCAGAUCAGAAGGCUCCAGAGACUGGCCCCAGAGAUGCCCAGCACCCCCAGAGGCUGGGCAGUGGCUGUGCCCCCUCCCCAGGCCAGGACCCCACAGAGGAGUGUUUCCAUGACUGUCAGGACUCCUUUGAGGCCAAAGCAGCUGUGCUGGAUGAUGAAGGGAACGCUCAGGAUGACGGCAGUAGCUCCAGGAAGCAGACAGAGCUAGAGGAAGAAUACUUGCUAGAACUAGAGAAAGAUAUGCCAGAGGAGGAGAAACAGAAAAGAAGAAAGGAGAGCACGGGGCUGAAGGAGAAAGGAAAUGAGCACUUCAAGAAAGGAGAUUAUGGAGAGGCAGAAGAAUCCUACACCAAGGCUCUGCAGAUCUGCCCAGCCUGCUUCCAGAAGGACAGGGCUGUUCUGUUCUCAAACAGAGCUGCUGCAAAAAUGAAACAGGACAAGACAGAGGCUGCCCUGAGUGACUGCACCAAAGCUGUGGAAUUAGACCCUCACUAUGUCAGAGCAUUGCUGAGGAGAGCAGAACUCUAUGAAAAAACAGAAAAAUUAGAUGAAGCUCUGGAAGAUUAUAAGGCAGUCCUAGAAAAAGACCCCUCAGUUCAUCAAGCCAGAGAAGCUUGCAUGAGAUUACCACAGCAAAUUGAGGAGAGGAAUGAAAAAUUAAAGAAAGAAAUGUUGGGCAAACUGAAGGAUCUGGGUAAUUUGGUGCUGCGCCCCUUUGGCCUGUCAACAGAGAACUUCCAGAUCAAACAGGAUUCAUCUACUGGCUCCUACUCCAUCAACUUUGUUCAAAACCCCAACAACAACAGAUAACAUGGAUUCAGUGUGGCUCUGCUCAUCCCGUGCCAGGAUCCAGCAAACCAACACCCUCCACCCCCAGGGCAAGAGGAGACUCAGCAAACUCAUUUCCCAGCUUGUGAAAUUAUUUGCAAUGUGGAUGUAAAGCAACUCAUUCAACUUCUCAUAGUGAUAGCUGUGUCCAGUGUGUGAUUUAUUAAUUUUUUAUUUAUUUCUUUUUCCCCUUCCCUCGCGGUGUUUGGCUUUUCCAAGAGGCAGUUCCUUGGUUUGGCCCACUCAGUGCUGGCAGCAGCAGCUCAGGGGAAUCCAAAGGCUGGGACAAAGGCUGGUGGUGUCCUGGGAAUGGGGAGAUCCAGCAGCAGCACUGCCCCACCCUCAGCUGGGUGGGACUGGCACCCCUGGCCACAGCUCUGCCCUGCAAUCAUGGAUCUUCUAAUAAAGGCUUGGUACUUCUG